AUGCCAAAAAUUACAAAAGAAAGAAAAUUAAAGACGAAAACUGAAAAAACUAUAUGUUCUAUAUGUAGAUUUAAAAGGAUAAAAUGUAUUCAAUCAGAGGAAAAUGAAGAAAAAUGUGAAUUUUGUUUUAAAAAUAAUCUUGAUUGUCUGAAAUAUAAGCCUUCAUUAAUAGAAAAUAAAAUUAAAAGAUUAAAUAUUGUUGUUAAAAAUCAUGAAAGUAGAAUUGAAAACUUUGAAAAACGAGUUCAAUCUUUGGAAAAAGAUAAUUCUAUAAUUAAAAAUAAUCUUUUACAACAAAAAUUACUUAUAAAACAAUUAGAUUUUCUUUUAUC